AUGAUGUUUGUGUCCACGUCGUACGAGUCGAAGUUAAUUGGCGACGAGGGUCUGUAUGCUGCUAUUGAGGCCGCUCGUCUGGCGCGCUCUCUGCGUGGCGCGACAAUACGUCCGCAUGUUAGGGGAAACCCGUUGAUCAACCCGAACAGCAUUUUGCUCGCCAACACGCCAAAGAGGUGGGAAGCACGUUUACUCAGUGAGAAAGCGGAGCAGGAGAUACUCGAGGCAAUCAGCGGCGGUGACAAGGCGGUUUCACAAUACCUUCAGCAGGUUCAAAUUGCCAUCCCCGAAGAAAAGGACUUGGAGAAGCUGCGUGCGGUUGUGCCCCGCAUCCAUCAUAUCCAGCCUCAUCCAGUGAUGAGGUUUGAUGAUGCCAAGCGACUCAUUCAGCUGAUGUCGUUACACGGUGCCAACAUCACAUGCCUCAACUUUGGAAAUGGCGCUCUUAUGCCAAAUGAUCACACAGAGGCUUCACCUGCCGAGGUGAUGGCAAAGAUGGAGGAGUUGAAACAGCGUUUUCCGCUACCCACACCAAAGCCGAAAAAGACUACUGACAGCGAAGAAGAAGAGGAAGAAGAGGAGGAGGAUAUCGACCUCAAUACUAAUGAAGAACUACAAAAAUGGUGUCAAAACCAGCAGUUGGAGUAUACGGAUUACAACCAAGCCAUUCGUCUUCGGGCAGCAUACGAACUGGACGCCUUUCGCAACAUUUGUGAGAUACUCAUGCAUGAUAAGAAGGUUCGUGUCUUGUUGCUGGGUAAAAAUCGGCUAGGGGCGCCUAAUGAGGAGGAACGUGUCUCACUCAUCCCACUGCGUCUCCUGGCGAAGGUUAUUGAUGCAAAUGAGACCAUCAAAGUCCUGGACUUGAGUAGCAACGAGUUGGGAGCACACGGCUUUGGUAUUAUCGGCAAGGCCCUCACGAAGAAUAUUGCUAUUGUCUCACUUGACCUUUCCGACAACCAACUUGGUAUGCCGGUGCCGGAUCUGGACGAAGAUCCCGAGUACCAGGAAGAGGAUCCUGUUUUUGGCGAGACAUAUAAUGGACUGGAGGCAAUCAGUGAGGUGCUGAAGAAGAACAAAUUUUUGCGUCACCUGCGCUUGCGUUAUAAUCAAAUUCACAGCGGUGCGGAGGGAGAGGAACCACCUGUGGCGGAUCCAACGGAGAUGGAUCCGGAGAAUGAUGCCACCACACCGGAUGUAGACGGAUGGCAGGAUCUGCCACUUUGGCGACUUGUCGGUCCUUUGCGAGAGUAUCACCGACUACGGGCACUUGACCUUAAGGGAAACGCACUGGGCCCCGAGGGUGCCCGCAUGGUUGCAACCGCUCUUGCUGAAAACCAUUCCGUUGAGAUGCUCGAUCUCACAGACAACGGCAUUGGGUUCCGUGGACUGCACUACAUAGCAAAGCUUGUGUUGACAUCACCGCACAGCGUUCUUCACACGCUUAUCCUGCGGCGAAAUAAUCUUGCCGGUAAAAAAGGAAGUAAGGCGCAAAGGAAGAUGGCACUGGCCGCCAUGGAAGCAAUGAGUGUGGCGCUGAAUGGAAACACCAAAUUACGUCGUUUGUCGAUUGCGGGCAACUACCUUGGUCCCACCCUGUGCGCCGCCAUGUUGUCUACUAUCAGUACGGCCUCCGCAUUGGAAGAGUUAGAUCUCGAAAGUAAUGAUGCCUGUGGCGAUGUGACCGCACCGCACGAUACGACGGUGAUGCACCUCAUAGCUUUGGCGCUUUAUGGAACGGCUCUACGCGGCAAUCGCCCAUCGUUGGCGGUGUUGCGUCUCGGCAGCAAUAAUAUUCAAGCGGCAGGCCUACGUGUUUUGUUCCCGUCCUCUGCCACAAUGCCAACCUCUCUUCGUGAAGUGGACCUCAGCCGUAACAACAUUCGUGACGGUCUUGAGGCCGUGAAUCAUCUUUUGAUUAGUUCUCCGGUACUGCAUCGACUUGCCUUGGCGUACAACAGCAUUACAACAGCUCCCGCACUACAUCGGGGCAUUGAUGCGAACGAAAGCUUGUGCGAACUGGAUAUCUCACACAAUAAAUUGGGUUCCCUGAAGGAACAAUACUGUAGCGACCCACAGGCGCAAGUGAGGGGAGUGGAGGAGUUGUUGCAGGUAUUGAUUAAGCACCCAUCACUUGAAUAUGUAAAUCUCAGUUACAACGAGUUUGAGGGUGUUCAUGGGCCCCUUCUUGCCGAGCUUUGUAGUGGGAACAAGUCUAACAAUUCUCUGCGGCGAAUUGACCUCAGUGGAAACCCGGAAAUCAAUCAACAGGAUAUUGAUCAGAUGGUGCAGGCACUGGCAACAAAGCCUGGCAUUGAGGCCUUCUACAUUUCCUCUUCGUACCCAGCACAGGUAGAAAAGGUUGCGACCUUACGCCCAGUUGGCCAAGAUGCUGUGCUCGAUCCCGCAGCACAACGCCAUCAGCAGCUGUCACUCUUGAAGCUCUUGCAGGAGACAGUCUACCAGAGUCCCUCACUAAUUGACAUUAACUGUGACUUGCAAAAGGGCGUCUUGUCUGAAGAAGACACCGGCACCGACGAGGGCGAAGUGAUUGGAGAGAUGCGACGGCGUCUGCUGCUGAAUGCGAUUUUGAUGCCAUAUAGAAAAUAA